AUGCCUCCAGAGGUGCUCUUCUUGGAAGGACGUGGGCCGCGGUCCCCCGCCGGCCUGCAGGGCGACGCGGCCGUGCACGUGGCGACCUUCGCGCUCCGCAAGCUGGAGGAGGGCCACGGCCGCGACAGCGAGCGGACGGCGGCCGGGCUGCACAACCUAGGCAUCGCCUAUGGCCUCAUCGGCCAUGCGGACAGGGAGCGCGACCUCCUGGAGCAGAGCUCCGACCUCGCUGUGUUCGCGCAGCGAGGCGGCCGGGCGCGGCAGCGCCUCGAGGACAGCGUGGCGCUGGCGGCGCUGGGCGCGUGGCGCCCUCGAGGGGGCGCCCUCGAGGGCGCCCUCGAGGGCGCGAAGCUCUCGAGGGCGCCCUCGAGGGAGGAAAGGCUCGGGGACCCCGGCAGCGACGUGGAGAAGAAGCUGUCGAAGGCCAUGCGGGCGCGCCACGCGGAGCUCGACCAGGACGUCCGCAAGGAGGUCGCGGGCCGAGUCUUGGGCGUCGCGGUCUUCCGCGGCCGCCUGGCGCACCUCCUGGAGCGCGAGGUCGGGGCUGGCGCGGGGGCGGACGCCGAGGCCAUGCUGCGGCUCUUCCUCGCGCGCGGCAGGUGCGUCGGCGCCCCACCCAGCGCGCUGGCUGCGCCGCCGCCUCCCGGCCUCGGCGAGAAGCUGGCGGCCGCGGCCGCGGCCUGGCCCUCCCCCGACUCCUCCGGGACGGCGAAAUGCCGUCGGCCGAGAUGUCGCUGGCCGCGGAGUGGUCCCUGCCGCCGUGGCUGGCCGAGCGCUGGGUCGGCGAACUCGGCGCGCCAGAGGCGUUCGCGCUGGGGCAGGCGGCCCUCGGGUUCCUGA